AUGAAGAUGAAGCUUCUAGUUUUAUCAUUCCUCUUUCUAUUUUUCAGUCCUGAUUUUGUAUUUUCUACUGCAAUUGGCUCGAUUUUGGAUUAUGAAGGGGACCAUCAACAGGCAAAUCCAAUUGAAUGUUUGCUGAAAACCCAAAGGAAUUCUAGUAUUAUUUACACUGAAAAAGAAAUUGAAGAAUUAAAUGUUAUUCAUAACAAACUUGUGGAGGAUUGUAUCAGCAAAAUUUCAAAAACUAAUUCAAAAGUUCAUGGAUUCGAAAAGGAAAUCACUGAAAAAAUAGUUCAAGCAAUGGAAUUGGAUAUUCGCGUAAACAAUUGUCAUAUUACUUUACUAUUGGAAAAUGCGGAAGAAGUCAAAAGCUGUGAAAAAUCGAUGAGACUUUCAGAAUCUUUCUGUGAUAGUUGGUGGGGCAAAAAUGGAUGUGUUAUAGCUUUGCGGGAGAAAUAUUGUGGAUUGGAGUUGACUGUUGAGCGGCGAGAUGUGCUUGGGUUUAUUUUGAAGAGGCAAAAAGAAUGUAUUGAUUUGUAUUAUAAUAAAAAUUGA